CUCGAUUCGAUUAAUCUCCCCUCCCCUACGCAGCUGAGAAUAGAAAGAAUCGACGCGAUGGCCGCCUGUAUUGGAUCGCGCUGAUCAUUACUGAUCUCGAAAGGUAUUUCAGCGAAUUUAGAGAAAAAGAAGGAGAAGGAUAUUCGCGUUUUUCCAGCGACGUGCUCGUCCACUUUUUAUCCAGACCUAUUUAUUUCGCGGGAGCCGAAGUCUGCGAAAAAAAUAAAUAAGUAGAAACGGUGACAGAAAAGUGACAUGGAGGUCGAUGUGCCUACGGACAAUACAAACGAGCAAACGCCGAUGGAGAUCGACGAGGACACCUCCGAGAGGAAUCCGAAGGUGUCCGGAAGCGUCAAGGUAAUGGCGUCUUCGGGCACUGUCGGUUCCGUGUCAAUAAGCUUGCAUCCGCUGGUGAUCAUGAACGUCAGCGAGCACUGGACCAGACUCAGAGCUCAGGAGGGCACCGAUCAAUUGGUAUAUGGUGCUCUGAUUGGUAAGCAGAAGGGUCGUAACAUAGAAAUUAUGAAUUCUUUUGAAUUGGUAAUCAAUUGCAUUGGCGAUGAUGUCAUAAUCGAUAGAGAUUAUUAUAAUACAAAGGAAGAGCAGUUUAAGCUAGUCUUUAGUGAAAUGGACUUUUUGGGCUGGUACACCACCGGUGAUAUGCCUAACGAGAGAGAUAUUAGAGUGCAUAAACAACUUUGUGAGAUAAAUGAAAGCCCUGUAUUGUUAAAACUAGAUCCAAGACCGAAAAAUACGGAGCAUUUAUCUGUCUCUAUGUACGAAUCAGUAAUUGAUUUAGUUAAUGGAGAAGCUACCAUGUUAUUUGUUCCAUUAACUUACACAUUAGCCACAGAAGAAGCCGAAAGGAUUGGAGUUGAUCAUGUACAAAGGAUGUGUAAUAACGAACAAGGAGAAUGCUCAGUAGUGGCGGAGCACUUGACAGCUCAACAUAGUGCCAUUAAAAUGUUGCAUGCCAGAGUAAAACUUGUUCUAAGAUAUGUGCAAGCAGUAGAGAGUGGGGAAUUGAAAGGAAAUCAUGAAGUUCUUCGAGCAGCUUGUUCUCUGAGUCAUCGAUUGCCUGUCCUAAAUAAUCCAAAAUUUAAGGCUGACUUUUAUAAUCAAUGUAAUGAUUUCGGCUUGAUGACGUAUCUCGGUAUUAUAACUAAAGGCUGUAAUAAUAUAAAUCAAUUUGUAAACAAAUUCAACAUUCUGUACGACAGGCAAGGCGUGGGACGACGUUUACGAAGUCUCUUUUUCUGAUAUGUAAAUAGAAUCUGUUGUUUUUAUAUAUGGUCUUUUUUACUUCUUAGAUAAAUAAGUACCAAACUCAGGAUUAAAAUUUAAACAGCCAAUUUCAUUGGGAGAUAGUUUAAAUAUUACUCUAGAUAUAUAUUGUGUAUCGAACAUAAAUAAAAGUAGAGACAUUAUGCAGUU